AUGCCUGAGCCACUGAAGUGCACAGGGAGUAUCGACUCUCGUCAGUUACGCUUCUCACGCGCAAUGAUCUUCGCCAUCGAGGAGAUUAACAACAGCUCGGAGCUGCUGCCAGGCAUCAAACUCGGUUAUCAGAUCCACGACUCGUGCACGUCAGUGCCCGUAUCGAUGCAUGUGGCCUUUGAGCUAUUAAAUGGUCUGGACGCGGUGUUUUAUACGGAUGAUGACUGCUCACAGUCAGGUAUGGUGAUGGCCAUCGUCGGUGAGUCCAGCUCCACGCGAUCCAUCAGCAUGUCGCGAGUCACCGGGGCCUUCAACAUUCCUCAAGUGAGCUACUUUUCCACUUGUGCAUGUCUGUCCGAUAAGCAGCAGUUCCCGACUUUCUUCAGAACAAUCCCGAGUGAUCAGUUCCAGGCUGACGCGCUGGCCAAGCUGGUGAAACACUUUGGCUGGACUUGGAUAGGUGCUGUCCGCACUGAUUCGGACUAUGGCAAUAACGGCAUGGCGACUUUCCUGCAAGCAGCCCAGAAGGAGGGGAUCUGUGUGGAAUACUCUGAAUCUUUCUAUCGGACCCACCCACGUAGCAGGAUCCAGAGAGUAGCAGACGUCAUCCGCAGGUCAACCGCGAUGGUUAUUGUGGCAUUUGCAACUUCUUCAGAACUGAGGGUCCUGCUAGAGGAGCUGUCAGUGGAACCUUCUCCACCUCGCCAGUGGGUUGGCAGUGAGGCCUGGGUAACCAACCAAGACAUGCUGAAGUUCAGCUUCUUUGCUGGAGCCAUUGGAUUUGGGAUUCAGCGAUCUGUCAUUCCAGGUCUGAGAGAAUUCUUGCUGGAUCUCUCUCCCACUAAAGUGGCUGCGUCUCCAGUGCUUACUGAGUUCUGGGAGGAGGCAUUCAACUGCAGGCUGGAAAAAAUUGCAGCCGUGGAUGAGAGAGUGUGUGAUGGAUCUGAAGACAUACAGACGCUCCAGAGCCAGUACACUGACACAUCUCAGCUCCGAAUCACUAACAUGGUGUACAAGGCUGUUUAUGCAAUAGCACAUGCCAUUCAUAAUUCAGUGUGUCAGGAAACAAAUUCUACAACUCAGUGUGACAAAACCACCAGGAUCGAGCCCAAACAGCUGCUCACUCCGCUGAAGAAAGUAGAAUUUUCCCAAAAUGGUUAUGAUGUGUCAUUUGAUGCCAAUGGGGAUCCUGUGGCCACAUAUGAGGUGGUUAACUGGCAAAAAAGUGAAAGUGGCAGCAUUGAGUUGGUGACAGUAGGUUUCUAUGAUGCAUCACUGCCGGCGGGCCAGGAGUUCAGUAUCAACAGGAACCUCACCUGGAUGGAAGGUAGAACACAAGUCCCUGUGUCAGUGUGCAGUGACAGCUGUCCUCCAGGAACCCGUAAAGUGCUGCAGAAAGGAAAACCCAUCUGCUGUUAUGAUUGUAUACUGUGUCCUGAGGGAGAGAUUAGCAAUGCUACAGAUUCUACUGAUUGUUUCCCUUGUCCCAAGGAGUUCUGGCCUAAUGCAAAGAGAGACACUUGUCUCCCCAAGCCUGUAGAGUUUCUGUCCUUUGACGAGGUCCUAGGAAUCAUCCUGGCUGCAUUCUCAGUUGCUGGUGCCUGUCUUGCCAUUAUAACAGCGGCUGUGUUCUUUCGUCACAGGACAUCCCCGAUUGUCAGGGCCAACAACUCUGAGCUGAGCUUCCUGCUGCUCUUCUCCCUGACUCUCUGUUUCUUAUGUUCAUUAACUUUCAUUGGAGCACCCUCUAAAUGGUCCUGCAUGCUGCGCCACACAGCAUUUGGGAUCACCUUCGUCCUCUGCAUCUCUUGUGUUCUUGGGAAAACAAUAGUUGUGUUGAUGGCCUUCAAAGCUACACUCCCAGGUAGUAACGUCAUGAAAUGGUUUGGUCCUCCACAGCAAAGAAUGACUGUGGUGUCUUUUACAUUUGUUCAAGUUUUAAUAUGUACCAUUUGGUUGGUUCUUAGUCCCCCUUUUCCGAUGAAAAACCUGACCACAUACAAAGAGAGGAUCAUCCUGGAGUGUGCAUUGGGCUCAGAUAUUGGGUUCUGGGUUGUGCUCGGGUACAUCGGCCUGCUGGCUGCCUUUUGCUUAGCGUUAGCUGUCUUAGCCCGGAAACUACCUGAUAAUUUUAAUGAAGCCAAGUUUAUCACCUUCAGCAUGUUGAUAUUCUGUGCAGUGUGGAUCACCUUUAUCCCAGCAUAUGUCAGCUCUCCUGGGAAAUUUACUGUGGCUGUGGAGAUAUUUGCCAUUCUGGCCUCCAGUUUUGGAUUAAUUCUGUGUAUAUUUGCUCCCAAGUGUUUCAUCAUAUUGUUAAAGCCAGAGAAGAACACCAAGAAACACUUAAUGAACAAAGGUGCCAGUCGUCUGCCUGCAUUCUCAAUGGAUGGUGACUACGUUAUCGGAGGUGUUGUCGGAAUACACACCAGCAUGCACACAGUCAAACAUAACUACACCACCAUGCCUGAGCCACUAAGAUGCACAGGGAGAAUCGACCACCGUGAACUGCGCUUCUCACGCGCAAUGAUCUUCGCCAUCGAGGAGAUUAACAACAGCUCGGAGCUGCUGCCAGGCAUCAAACUCGGUUAUCAGAUCCACGACUCGUGCGCCGCAGUGCCCGUGGUGGUGCAAGCGGCAUUUCAGCUAUUAAAUGGCAUUGACCCGGUGUUUUACACGAGCGAUAAUUGCUCACAUUCAGGUAUGGUGAUGGCCAUCGUCGGCGAGUCUGGGUCCACGCCAUCCAUCAGCAUGUCGCGCAUCAUCGGGGCCUUUGACGUUCCUCUUGUGAGCCACUUUGCCACUUGUGCAUGUCUGUCCGAUAAGCAGCAGUUCCCGACUUUCUUCAGAACAAUCCCGAGUGAUCAGUUCCAGGCUGACGCGCUGGCCAAGCUGGUGAAACACUUUGGCUGGACUUGGAUAGGUGCUGUCCGCUCGGAUACGGACUAUGGCAAUAACGGCAUGGCGACUUUCCUGCAAGCAGCCCAGAAGGAGGGGAUCUGUGUGGAAUACUCUGAAUCUUUCCAUCGAUCCCACCCACGCAGCAGGGUCCAGAGAGUAGCAGACGUCAUCCGCAGGUCAACAGCGAUGGUUGUUGUGGCAUUUUUGGCAGCUCCAGAAAUGAGGAUCCUAAUGGAGGAGCUGUCGCUUGAGCCUUCUCCUCCUCGCCAGUGGAUCGGCAGUGAGGGCUGGGUAGCCAACAGAGACAUGCUGAAGUUCAGCUCGAUUGCUGGAGCCAUUGGAUUUGGGAUUCAGCGAUCCGUCAUUCCAGGUCUGAGAGAAUUCUUGCUGGAUCUCUCUCUCACUAAAGUGGUUGCGUCUCCAGUGCUUACUGAGUUCUGGGAGGAGGCAUUCAACUGCAGGCUGGGAAAAAGUGAGCCAGUUGUUCCUGAUGUUUUAACACUGAUAGUGUGUGAUGGAUCUGAAGACAUACAGACGCUCCAGAGCCAGUACACUGACACAUCUCAGCUCCGAAUCACUAACAUGGUGUACAAGGCUGUUUAUGCAAUAGCACAUGCCAUUCAUAAUUCAGUGUGUCAGGAAACAAAUUCUACAACUCAGUGUGAUAAAAUCACCAGCAUAGAGUCAAAACAGGUUCUCACUCAGCUGAAGAAAAUAAAUUUUUCCCAAAAUGGUUAUGAUGUGUCAUUUGAUGCCAAUGGGGAUCCUGUGGCCACAUAUGAGCUGGUUAACUGGCAAAAGAGUGAAAGUGGCAGCACUGAGUUGGUGACAGUAGGUUUCUAUGAUGCAUCACUGCUGGCAGGCCAGGAGUUCAGUAUCAACAGGAACCUCACCUGGAUGGAGGGCAGCACACAAGUCCCUGUGUCAGUGUGCAGUGACAGCUGUCCUCCAGGAACUCGUAAAGUACUGCAGAAAGGAAAACCCAUCUGCUGUUAUGAUUGUAUACUGUGUCCUGAGGGAGAGAUUAGCAAUGCUACAGAUUCUCCUGAUUGUUUCCCUUGCCCCAAGGAGUUCUGGCCUAAUGCAGAGAGAGACUCUUGUCUCCCCAAGCCUGUAGAGUUUCUGUCCUUUGACGAGGUCCUAGGAAUCAUCCUGGCUGCAUUCUCAGUUGCUGGUGCCUGUCUUGCCAUUAUAACAGCGGCUGUGUUCUUUCAUCACAGGACAUCCCCGAUUGUCAGGGCCAACAACUCUGAGCUGAGCUUCCUGCUGCUCUUCUCCCUGACUCUCUGUUUCUUAUGUUCAUUAACUUUCAUUGGAGCACCCACUGAGUGGUCCUGCAUGCUGCGCCACACAGCAUUUGGGAUCACCUUCGUCCUCUGCAUCUCUUGUGUUCUUGGGAAAACAAUAGUUGUGUUGAUGGCCUUCAAAGCUACACUCCCAGGUAGUAACACCAUGAAAUGGUUUGGUCCCCCACAGCAAAGAAUGACUGUGGUGUCUUUUACAUUUGUUCAAGUUUUAAUAUGUACCAUUUGGUUGGUUCUUAGUCCCCCUUUUCCAUUGAAAAACCUGACCACAUACAAAGAGAGGAUCAUCCUGGAGUGUGCAUUGGGCUCAGAUAUUGGGUUCUGGGUUGUGCUCGGGUACAUCGGCCUGCUGGCUGCCUUUUGCUUAGUGUUAGCUGUCUUAGCCCGCAAACUACCUGAUAAUUUUAAUGAAGCCAAGUUUAUCACCUUCAGCAUGUUGAUAUUCUGUGCAGUGUGGAUCACCUUUAUCCCAGCAUAUGUCAGCUCUCCUGGGAAAUUUACUGUGGCUGUGGAGAUAUUUGCCAUUCUGGCCUCCGGUUUUGGAUUAAUUCUGUGUAUAUUUGCUCCAAAGUGUUUCAUCAUAUUGUUUAAGCCAGAGAAGAACACAAAGAAACAUUUAAUGAACAAAAACUGAAGAUGAGACAUCAACAGUUAAUAUAUUUGAAAUGUAGUUGUAUAUCAUACACCGAUCAGCCACAACAUUAAAACCACUGACAGGCGAAGUGAAUACCAUUAAUCAUCUUUUUACAAUGCAAUGUUUUGCUGGGAAUCCUCCAGUUCUGGCAGUCCUGGCAGUUCUUUAACACGCAGUAGGUAGUUAACUUUGCAGGCCAAAUAGACACCCCCAUGGUGAAGGCUCCCCCCAGCUGAACGAUGUACCCUUUCAUAUGUCAAAACAG